AAACCGACUGAGCGAGGCGAGGCACCAUGACAACACUGGAUGAUAAGCUGCUGGGGGAGAAACUACAGUACUACUACAGCACCAGUGAGGAUGAGGAGAGUGACCAUGAAGACAGAGACAGAGUCAAUGGAGCCCCAGCCAGCAGCUCCAUACCUGUUGAGGCUGAGCUGGCAGGCGAAGGCAUUUCAAUCAAUACAGGUCCAAAAGGUGUGAUUAAUGACUGGCGCCGCUUCAAGCAGCUGGAGACAGAGCAGAGGGAGGAGCAGUGCCGGGAGAUGGAGCGGCUGAUCAAAAAACUAUCUCUGACCUGCAGGUCCAAUCUAGAUGAAGAGGAGGAGCAAAAGAAACAGAAGGACCUCCAGGAGAAAAUCAGUGGGAAGAUGACUCUGAAGGAGUUUGCUACGAUGGAGAAGAACCUGGAUGAUGAAGAGUUUUUACAGCAGUACCGGAAACAGAGAAUGGAAGAGAUGCGGCAGCAGUUUCAUAAAGGGCCCCAUUUCAAGCAAGUUUUUGAGAUCCCCAGUGGAGAAGGAUUUUUAGACAUGAUCGAUAAGGAACAGAAAAAUACCCUUAUCAUGGUUCAUAUUUAUGAAGAUGGCAUCCCGGGGACUGAAGCCAUGAAUGGCUGCAUGAUCUGCCUUGCCACAGAGUACCCAGCUGUUAAAUUCUGUCGAGUGAGGAGCUCGGUUAUUGGAGCCAGCAGUCGUUUUACCCGGAAUGCCCUUCCUGCUCUGCUCAUCUACAAGGCGGGUGAAUUGAUUGGCAAUUUUGUUCGUGUAACUGACCAGCUGGGGGAAGAUUUCUUUGCUGUAGACCUUGAAGCUUUCCUACAGGAAUUUGGAUUACUCCCAGAAAAGGAAGUCUUGGUGCUGACAUCUGUACGAGACUCUGCCACCUGUCAUAGUGAAGACAGCGAUCUGGAAAUAGAUUGAACUGAUAAUCUAGUUCCAUAACUAUCUCAUUGUUUGGGCUGGAGGACACAUGUCUGUAUUUAUUUCUGUCCUUCCUGUGUCUUCUGGCUUUACAGCUGUCCUUUGUAGCCUCAUUUAGUAUAUGGAAAGUCAAGAAAUUCUUAGAUUAAAUCAGAAUGCUGACUCACUUUGUGGCUAGCAGUAAAGUGACUUCAAAAAAUAUAAGCAGGAAGCUAGAUUUUUUUAACUGUUUACUUCUAGAUUGUGACAUCUCUGAUACUGUUUCUAGUCAAUAUUGACAUGACGCCCUUGAAGGCAAUGUCUUGAAAAUUGUCCUCUGAUGACCUCAGAAUUCUACCAGGUCUGAGAGUAGAAUUCCCUACUUAGUGUGUUAUUUAAGAUAUAAAUAAUUCAUUUCCACAAUCACUUGAUUGAAAAUCAUGUUUACUUGUAAUCAGACUCAGCUCUACAUUUUUUCCCCUUUAGAUCGUUCUCUAUCAGGUGUGUCUGACUUAGAGGCUCCACAGGUUGGGAAUGUAGCUUGGUGAACAUUUAUCUAGCAUAUACAGGGCUCCAAAAUAUCUGAUUCCCAGCACUGACAAAAGAAACAAACACAGGGUUUCAGAUACCUGGUGCUGUCAUUGGCAGUGACCUCUGCAGAGGGAGCAGUGAUCCAGACCAACAUAGUGAAGUAUGAGCAGGAAGAAUUGCUUUUGCUGACUGCUCUUAUGCUGGAAGGCAAGUGUCCUGUUGACUGACACUGGUGUGGGUAGUGUUUGAAGCCUCAGUAGGAGGACUUUUCGGUUCUGCUCAUCAGCAUGUAUUCCUGUUGCUUAAGAAGGUAACUUCUUGUUUAAUCUAGAUUUAAAAAAAAAAACAAAAAACUUAUUUUUUGCUUAUUAGGAAAAAAAAUUCAUAUUUAGUAGAGGAAAACUGGCCAAAAUACAGAUGCAAAAAUGGCUUAAAAUGUAUAUGUAUAUAUAUUAUUCUACCACCUAAACACUAUGCUUUGGUAUAUUUCAUAUGUAGGUGUUUUUUAUGUAUUCAAAGGCUUUUGUUUGUUUUUGAAUGACAUUGGGAUCAUUUUGAGUAUACUGUCUGAUCUAUGGUCAGAAUUUUUUUCAUAUUAGUAAAUACUCUUCUGUAACAUUUUAAUAAUUCAUUGGUAGAUAUACUGUAAUCUGCUCAGUGGUUAGUUUUUAGGAAGAUGGCCAACAUUUUUUUAUUUUUAUGGAUACAACAUGUUCAUUGUAGAACAUAUAAAAAUUAAGCUAAAAGGAUACUUUUAUUAAGAGCCAUAAAAUUUUACUAGUAAUAAUUCUAAAUAAAAAUAAUGUCAUCAUUUUUACAGAUCUCUUUCUAGCUUUUUGUAUAUAUAUGCAUUUGUAAAAUUCAUUGUCAUCCAAGUUUUUGUUUCCUUUUGAUUGUUUCUUAAAAUAUAUAUCUUAGUAUCAGGGGAUAUGAAAUGUAACCAGAAAGUAAAAUUAGCUUUAGUAUUCACAGUUGAGUUUUUUGGUUGCUCAGAAGCUAACUGUAAAUGAGUCUUGAACAUACCUGUUGGAUUUAAUUAGCAGAAACAGUGUGUCAUUUUGCUGACUAAGGAGCUCAUUGUAGAAGUCAAGAAAAUCAUUAGGAUAUGUCUGACCAGUGCCAAUGUUCUAGUUUAUUUCUUUCUAGUUUUUUUUUUUUUUUUUUUUUGUAUUUUAAAUAACAUUGACAGUUACUGAAUUCUGUAUUUUACCUUAUGAAUAGUACAUACUAAAAUACUUUGGUAUAUUUUAAAAGCUUGGAAUAAAUCACUGGUUUUAUGAUUCACUGUUUAAAUAAACCAUCCUGUGUUGA